CGUCGUCGCCCUCAAGUUCUCCACCACGGGCAAGUUCCUUCUUUCGGCCUCGGCCGACUGCUCCGUCCGCCUCUGGUCGCUCGAGGUCUUCGAAUGCGUCGGCGUCUACCGCGCCCACGUCUUUCCGGUCUGGGCAGUUGACUUCGCCCCAAACGACUUCUACUUCGCAUCAGGCGGGGCUGACAAGCAGUGCGUCGUCUGGUCCACCAGAAGUGGCGCACCUGAGAGACUCAUCCUCAGCAGCCUCAGUGACGUCACAGCAGUCAAGUUCCACCCUAACUCCUCCUACGUCUUCACUGGGUCGUGCGACUACAAGGUCAGGAUGCACUCCCUCGAUGAUGGCGCAGUCGUACGCACGUUCGUAGGCCACUCCGACUCGAUCACGUGCAUGGACGUAUCAUGCGAUGGGAAGCUGCUUCUGACUGGGUCACGUGACAAGCGGAUCAUCCUCUGGGACAUCGAGAAGGCCCAGAGCAUCGGGACGUAUCACGGCCACGAGGGGGCAGUCUACUCGGUCUCAUUCAGCUACUUCGGGUCGAUAUUCUGCUCAAGUGGAGCAGACAACUCAGUGCGACUGUGGGAGAAGCAGAGUACGCCAAACAAGGAGCCAAUGCAUUCAGUUGCAACCUACUACACCAAGAAUACACCGAUAGUACAGGCUAAGUUUGGAUACAGGAAUAUCAUAUCAUGUGUAGGGCCAUUCACGGGUUAG